GUUACACGAGAUAUAAAACAUACUUCAAGGCCUUUCAUUCAUGAUAAAGUGUACAGUUACAUAGGUAUUUGAUUGCCGCUAGGGCACCUAAAUACAACAAUCUCCCACUUGCCCUAAGGCCAAUCAAGCAUUUCUCGAAUGCCCAUGGACCACGAAUCUCCGAGUUUUAUGCGAUUGAGAAGUCAAGGUUCUCACAAUCUUGGCACAUUUGACCCGGAGAUAGAAAGAACCGUUCGUACCAUUAGAAGAAUCCAAAGAAUGGAUGUUGACAACCGCAAAGUUGAGCGACAAAAUGACAAUCGAAGACGAGAAGAGCGUCCCCCACCCGCUCUCACUCUUAAUCAAAGAAAGAGACCGGUGGUUCCCGACACCCCUUCUUGCAUCGUGCUCUCAAAUGCGGCUAGAGAUUAUGAAGUGAAGAAUGGAUAUAUCAACGGGCUCCCUCAAUUCCAUGGGAACUCCGGUGAGAAUCCACUUUUCUUCAUCACGGGGUUCGACGCAUUUCUCCAAGGCAUUCCGAGACAUGGCAUCUCGGACGAUGAUCUCAAGAUGCGUUUCUUCGCAUACACCUUGCGAGGGAACGCUAAGGCGUGGUUUAUUGAGCAGACACCACGAGCCUAUGCCACGUGGAAUGCUAUAAGAUGGAGGAGAUACAAAGCCUUGCUUCGAAGUUGCCCGCACCACCGGAUUCCACUUGACCUUCAAGUGGAUUUCUUUUAUCAAGGAAUAAGUCCUCAAUUCCAAGCCAUCAUCGACAACCGUUGUGAUGGCUACAUGGGAAAUCGAACGGAGGAAGAACUUUGGGAAAUCAUCGAGUCUAUCACUUCAAAUCCUACACUCCGAACCGGUGACAAUAUAGCCUCAAUCAAUGAGGUUGCUCUCAACAAUAUGUUUUACCGGAGGAUGACGGAGUUGAAGUCUACAAUGCAAAGUGAACUGCAAAGUGCACUCCGAGCGGUCUUGGGAAACCAAGGCCCAAGCCAAGUCAACCAAGUAGGCACUCUUGAUGGUCCUAUCACCGAGAUUGAAGAUGUGAACUACAUGGGUUCCUACGGGAAACCCCAACGCAACAAUUAUUCUCAAAAUCAACGUUGGGGUAACUCAAAUUGGAACGCUCAAGGAGGAAGUAACAAUGCUCCACUUUUGCCCCCCGGAUUCUCUAGAAGCUAUGAGUCGAGGAAGGAGGAACCAUCAUCAUCUUCCGAGGAUCCCAUCAAGUUGCUCACCAAACAAAUUGCCAAAUUUCAAUCAACAAUUGAGCAAAAUCAAGCUAGCACAGAGACCGCCAUAAGCAAUCUUCAUAGUCAAUUCACAAAAUUUGACAUGAAGCUUAAUCAAAGGAUGGAUACAUUGGAGCAAUACACGAAGACUUCCAUACACAAUUUGGAAGUUCAAAUGGGGAGUGGAAAGCAACUCAAGGAGCCCGAAGCGUGGCCCCAAAGCAUUUCAAAUAAAGAAGAGAUUACCCCGGAAGGGAGCACCAAAACAGCCCCCGUCCUCCCCGAGGUGCAUCCCGAUGCUUAUGUUCCAACAAUUCCUUAUCCUCAACGUUUGAAGAAGAAGGAAAACCCGGAGAAAUACAAGAAGUUCAUGGAGAUGUUCACCAAACUAAGCAUCAAUAUUCCUUUCGCGAAGGCUAUUGCGGAAAUACCCUCGUAUGCAAAAUUUCUUAAGGGUGUCCUCUCAAACAAGAAGAAGCUAGGUGAAUUUGCCACGGUAGAAGGAGUACACUUGCCAUGGUUCUCGGACAUUAUAAACUAUCUUGCUACGGGAAUUGAACCACCGGAGCUCUCAUCUUACCAGAAAUCAAAGUUUUUCCGAGAUGUGAAGAAAUAUUAUUGGGAUGAUCCCUAUGUAACACCCCAAUCCGUAUAACCCGGAAUUACACGAAUUAAGGUGAAACGAGAGUUAAAAAAAUUUUGCUUGACAUUUGAAAAUGACAAUUACUUAUAAAUAUUAAAUUUACAGACUCUGAAUCGCGACCCAUUUAAAAAAUAUUUUCAGAGUAAUGCGGAAGUACAAUAAUAAUCAAAUCAUGACACAUUUAAAAAUCUGAUGAUCAACAUUUGCCUGCCAUCCUUGCAUCUCCUCUGACUCAAUGCCCUCCGGAAGUGGUUCCGUCAUUGUCCUCUUGUUACCUACGUGUAGUCAACAAAAAAUACAAACUACACGCUCAGCGAAACCGCUGA